AUGUCAGGCCCAAAAGAAGAGGCCAACAAGGAGGAGAUGUGCAGUGCAGAAUCAUCGAACAGUCAAGGCAGCCUGGACUCCAACAGGGAGGAUGACAGAGCUUCUCUCAUCCUGACCCUCACUCUCUGCAAUGUGAGGAAGAUUGAGCUCUCUAAGGCAGCCCAAGUCUUUGAGGUGUUUGCAACUCAAAUCUAUCACUUUGAAACCCGUGGAGCCAAAAAGCCCAAGAACUCUGUGGAUGAUCUUGACAUUUUUGUUGAAUGUGAAGUUCACAGCGCUGAUGUUGGUAUCCUUAUCACCUCCUUAAAGAGAGUAGCAAAGGAUGUGAAAACCAGCAGAGAAGACAAAGUGCCCUGGUUUCCCAGAAAAAUUCAGGAUCUGGACAAGUGUCAUCAUCUGAUCACUAAAUAUGAUCCCAGUUUGGACCACGGUCACCCAGGAUACUCUGACCUGGAGUAUAACAAACGGAGGGCAUUCUUUGCCGACCUGGCCUUUAAUUACAGAGCAGGAGAUCCUUUACCUCACAUUGAGUACACAGCACAGGAAACAGCAACUUGGAGAGAAGUCUACAGGAAGCUGAGGAGCCUUUACCCUACUCACGCCUGUACACAGUACCUGGAUGCUUUCCAGCAGCUCGAGAAACACUGUGGCUACCGAGAGGAUAACAUCCCUCAGCUUAAGGACGUCUCCAGGUUUUUAAAAGAGAGAACAGGUUUCCAGCUGAGACCAGCUGCAGGACUGCUGUCUGCUCGUGACUUCCUUGCCAGCCUGGCAUUUCGUGUCUUCCAGUGCACACAGUAUAUAAGGCAUUUCUCUUCUCCUAUGCAUUCCCCAGAACCAGACUGCUGCCAUGAGUUGUUGGGUCAUGUUCCCAUGCUGGCUGACAGGGAGUUUGCCCAGUUCUCACAGGAUAUUGGACUGGCUUCUCUUGGAUCAUCUGAAGAGGAGAUUGAGAAACUGGCCACACUUUACUGGUUCACUGUGGAGUUUGGCCUCUGCAAGCAAAAUGGAUUGAUCAAAGCUUAUGGGGCAGGAUUGCUUUCAUCUUAUGGGGAGCUGAUGUAUGCUUUGUCAAACAAGCCAGAGUACAAGCUUUUUGAUCCAGAAGUGGCUGCAGUUCACCCCUAUCAGGAUCAAGCCUUCCAGCCUGUCUAUUUCGUAGCAGAAAAUCUGGAAGAUGCCAAGGUCAAGCUUCAGAGUUAUGCAAUGAAGAUCAAGAAGCCUUUUGCUCUGCACUAUGACCCCUUCACCGGCAGCAUUGAGGUUUUGAACUCACUGCAGAAAGUCAAGAGGGCACUCCACCAGAUAAAAGAGGAACUGAAAAACUUCUGCUUGGCCCUUGAAAACCUCUCAUAA